CGGCCGGCCGCCUGCACCGCUCGGACGCGCCCGGCGGCCAGUCGCGGGCGGCAGCGCGGGGUGUCGAGCAGCGCGCCGCUGCCGUGUAACCAGGUGACAUCCCCGGGACGGCGCAGGGCGCGCGGGGUCCGCCGGGCAGGCCGGCUGCAGAGGUGCGCGCCUGCAGUGACCGGACAGACGCAGAGGGGGCGCCGGUACCGACGGAUGGGAGCGCCGUCCCAGUGAGAGACGUCACAGCAGCAGCGGUCGUCAUCGUCACCAGAGGACGGUGUCGCCACUAGCGCCGUCAGCCGGCCGCCGUACGAAGCUCAGUUGCUCGGCGCUCCGCCGGGCGGCGCCACCGGCGGACCAUGCUGACCAGCCGGCCCGUGUCGGACGGCUACAGUUUCCGGCUGGACGCUGACUCGUCCAGCACCUACUCGGACUCGAGCAGCUCCGUCUACAAGCAGCGGAUCGACUCCCUGUUCCGACCGGCCGCCGCCGCCGCAGCAGCCGCCGCCACCACCAGCUCCUCACACAGCGAUUACGAGCCCGUGGAGGCGCCGCCGGAGCGGAAACAGCCGCCGCCGCCACCGCCCCCGCCGCGCGUGGUGCCGGCGCGCCCGACCACGACCACCCUGUGGUCCCCUCCAGGCGGCGGCGGUGGUCCCGGGGGUCAGACCGGCGGGCCCGUGGGUCAGACAGGUGGUCCCAGAGGUCAGGCCGGCGGCCCCGGAGGUCAGGCAGGCGCCCUGGUGCCGGUCAGCAGCUCUGCACCCCUCUGGACCCGGCCGGUCGUCACACCCGGUCCCACAGAGGCGGCCGUCGGCCGGCCCAGCCACGGCACAGAGUUCGCAGUGGAAUACCUGGGCGCCGUGCAGGUGGCCGACAACGCCACGCGUCUGGAGCAGCUGCAGCAGCCGCUGAAGCGUCUGUACGUGCCGCGGCUGCGGCGGAGGCGCGCCGCGCAGCUCUCUGACUCGCUGUCCAUCAGCGACACCGGGCUGCGGGUCCGCUACGGGCGCGACCAGGAGCUGCUCAACCCCUUCACCACAGUGGCCGUGUGGGCAGCCGUCAAGUUCGUGGCCAGUCGCGGCGGCGGCGGCGGCCGGCUGCGGUUCGGCUUCCUGCCACUCAUCUGCGACCCGGAGAGUCCCGAGCGCGGCCGGCUGCUCGAUGAUGACGAGGGCAGCCUGCCGGCGGACGCGCCGGCAGCGCGCCACCCGCCGCUGCUCGCCUGCGUGAUGCGCCGGCCCGGCACGCUGGGCGCCCUCGAGUGCCACGGGUUCGUGUGCGCCGCCGCCGAGGACGCCAUCGUGAUCGCCGCCAACCUGUACCAGGCGCUGCUGAUGCGGAUGCAGCCGGAGGCGGGCAGCGGCGGCCGCCGGCAGCCGCGGCCCGCCGACGCGCCCAUCCUGGUCAGCGGCAGCGGCGGCUCCGGCUCUGAGGACGCACUGGGGCCGGCCCGGCGGCAGCGACGGCGGCGCGCCCCGCCCCCGCCGCCCGGCCCGCCCAGCCGACAGGACGCAGUGCGCCGCUCCGACCGCCGGUCAAACAGAGGGGCCUCGCUAGGGGAGCAGAUAGACCCGGAGCGUCCCCACAGCUCCAGCAGGAGCCGCAGCCGGGACCACAGCCGAGACCACAGCCGGGAGAGCGGUCUCAGCCGGGACCAGAGCCGGGACCACAGCCGGGACCAGAGCCGAGAGAGCGGUCUCAGCCGCGACAGUAGCCGAGAUAGUCUGCGGCGGCACGGUGAGCUGAGCCGGGACAGGAGUCGGGAGAGCGUGCGACGACGCGAGUUCCAGAGGAGCAGCAGUCGGGAGAGCGUACGAAGGAAAGAGUUUCAGAGGAGCAGCAGCAGGGACAGUGUACGGAGGAAGGAGUUUCAGAGGAGCAGCAGCAGAGAAAGCAUGCGCAGACGCGAAGAGCUGAGUCCCGACAACAGCCGAGAGAGCAUGCACCCGAAACAGUUCUACCGGGGCAGCAGCAGCAGGGGGAGCUCGCGCGGCCGAGGGUUCGAGCGGGACCCGAGUAGGGAGAGUGUCCGCAGCCGGGCGCGGGACGCAGCGCCCAGUGACGGCUCGCUGCGCCGGCGGACGGGCAGCGUGGGCGCCGUGCCGGCUCUGGUGGCUGCCGCCGCCGAGGCCGCCCGGCAGAGGGAGCCGGCGGCCGGCGGCGGCCGGCGGCUGGCCCGCAGCUCGUCCGACCCGAGCCGCAGCGCGCUGCAGGUGGUGAGCUCGUCGGCCGACCGGCGACCGCCGCCGGCGGCGCCCGACCCGGCCGUGGACCUGGGACAGCUGCUGGCGCACCUACAACAGCGCGACGGCAUCCGCACCGUGGAUGACGUGCUGCGCCGGGUGAUCGCGCCCGGCGGCAUGUCGUUCAGCGAGCUGCGGCCCGAGCACCGCGAGCUACUCCUCCGGCUGGCGCUCACACUCAGCAAGGACGAGAUGUACCAGCGCAGCAAGAGCAUCAUGAAGAAGCAGACGCGCAAGGGGGCGCUCUUCAGCAGCGAGAGCGAGACCAGCACGUCCGACGGCAGCAGCACCAUCAGCAACGUGCUCAAGGCCACCAAAAAGUCGCUGUCGCGGUUCGGCUGGCGGACGGGCGGCUUCCAGUCCCCGUCAGCCUACCUCAAACAGCACACGCCGUUCGGAAAGCUCUACAACGCCCGCGGAAACGCCAAGCAAAAGGAGACCGCCGCCAAGAGUCUGGCCGACGAGUUCCCUGCCAAGAUAUCUGGCUCGGUGUCGGCCGACAGCGAGCCGGCCCCCGACCGGUCGCGGCGGAGGACGCAGCGCCGCUCCCCGGCCCGCUGCGGCUGUGAUCGGGACGCGGACCGCUUCGACUCCCCGCGCGGCGGGGGCGAGCGCCGGCCGUCUCGCUCGCUGAUCGAGCUGCCGCUGACCUGUGACGCUGACAGCUGCUCGGGCAGCGACCGCUGCUACUGCUCGCUGCAGCGCGGCGCCUCGGCCGACGAGGCCGACAGGGAGCGGGCGGAGCGGCGCCGCAGCGCGGCCGACCUGCUAUCGGAGCGGGCCCGUCGGCAGCAGCCGCGCGGCGCCUCCACCGGGGAGUCGAGCGGCGGCAGCAGCGGCGGCCGCGGCCACCGGCGGCGCGGUGGCCGGGCCACCUCGCUGUCACGAGCCGGCAGCACAGACACCGGCAUCGGCUCGGCGGCCGAUGACGGAGGCGGCGGCGGCGGCCGGUUUCUGGUGGUCUCGGCGGCCGACGAGGCGGGCCGGGUGUUCCACCGCGGCGGCUCGCAGCGCCGGCGAGAGCAGGACGUGCUCACGCUGAAGAAGAGUACCGAGAUUGCGGCUACUUUCUCCGGACUGCGGCUGAGUCAGACCACCAACCUGCUGAGCAGCGGCGGCAGCGGCAGCGGCAGCGACAGCGAGCCGGAGCCGGCCGGCCGCCGGCUGCGGCACGGCUACUCGGACCAGGACAUCGAGGACUCGCUCGGCUACCUGCCCUGACCGGUGGCGGCCACAGCGGCACACCGGGGAGGGCGACUGGGCGAGCAGAACCUCAGGGUGACAGGCGGCGGCCGAGUCCGGUCACAGCAGUCGGCAGGCGGGGUAGACUGAGCCGUGUGGAUUGUUGUAGCCGUUGUUAAAAAGAGGGCCCAAUAUGAUAGCUACUUCUGCUAUAGUAAGGAAAAUGCGGCGCUAUCGUGUUCGUUAGCAUUGUUUAUUGAUGAGAUGUUGGAUGGAAGUUGUGCGAAAGUGAUUCGUAGAUCACGAUAUAAAGUAACUGUGAGAUUGAGGUUGGGCUAUGGUUGAACGAUAAUGAAAUGUCUUACGCC